CCAUCUACCGUCAGGGAGUUUGAAAAGGAACGAACGCGUCUCGGACUAAAAUCAGAUUUUUCUUUUCUUGUGUCACACGGCGAAGCCGUGAGAGUUGGCAGCUCUGAGUCUGGCCCAUUUGGUGGCGCCAUGGCAACGGUGUUUGUUUUUUGACAACCACGAACGAACACCGUUAAUGACGUCAGUAGCCCGCGACAACUAAAACGAAAACAAAUAAACUCCCACAAGGCAUUUGGAGGGCUCUACCCGGCCAAAGAGAAGGGAAACCUGGACACGAUGCUGCAACCCGAACCGGUCCGUCCUCUGACGGACGGGUUAGUGUGUAAUGUGUUAGUAGAAAGCUGCUCGUCAGCAAACACACAGGACGCGAGGCCGGGUGAGGACGAGGAGGGGAAUCCGUUCAACUUCACCCCGCAGCUCAUCCACCUGCACAGGGACCACGAGCUCUUUGAGGACGGGGAUGUUCACAGACACAUGUACCUGCAGGACCUCUACGUCUCAGAGGAGGCAGAGGACCAGCACGCACUCUGCGUGUCAGAGUUUGCCUGCCACUUUUCUAGCUGCAGUGCAGUCUUCAGCAGUUUGGAGGAGUACGAGCACCACUACAACUCCCUUCACAGACACGUGUGCUGCUCCUGCCGUCGCUCCCUGCCGAGUGCCCGGCUCCUUGACAUUCACAUUCAGGAGUGGCACGACUCUCUCUUCACUAUCCUCGCCCAGAGGCAAGAUAUGUACCAGUGUUUGGUGGAAGGCUGUGGACAGAAGUUCCGAACGAGCCAACACAGGAAGGACCACCUAGUUAGAAUUCACAAAUAUCCCCCAGACUUCAGAUUUGAUAAAACCAAGAAGAACAGAGGAACAAAGGGGCAGCAGCAAAAAGACACAGCCAUGGAGGUCGUGGACAAUGUGUGUGAGUCUCAGGGUGUGUGCGAGGGGAUGUCUGAUCAACCCGAGCAAGGAGAAUCCAUGGAGACGCUUGUGUGUGAGGAAGAAGCUGCUAGAAUGGCAAAGCCUGCCACUUCUGAGGAGCACGGCGAUGUUUCUGCUGCAGAUCCCAGCACGGAGAAUCCGAGCACCGAGCCCCUGAAAGCCCGAUACUCCUACAGGAUUCCCACAACAGUCUGCUUUGGUCACGGCUCCGUCAGAGGCUUCAGAGGGCGACGGGGAAGAAGGAAAUGAACCACAAUUCACUUUUCACCCCUUUUUAGAUAAAUAACUUUCUACCCUUGUCUUGUGACAAAAAUGUUUACUGAAUAUGUUAAGGAAUGGGUCCUUGACUUCAAAUAAAAAAUGAUGCGAAUAAACAUUUGUUCAGGUGAUCAGCCAUGUAGCUCAAGGAAAUCU